ACUCCAUAAAAGUGUUUCUUUUCUUUUCUCUUCUUCUGAAAAUAGCCGGAAACAGCUCCCCCUUGCUGUCUUUCCUAACAUACCUUCACCAAAGCUAAAACAGCUGAAGGUAUGUGUAUUUCUCCCUUUCUGUCCUCUCUCUCCUACCCCCGGAGCAGAGCCAUAGUUGUCCAGAGUAACUAAUAGAAGUAGGUGGUGUUUUCUGUCUUUUUCCCCAGAGCAUGUUUUCUGCUUUAAGAUUCCUCUUUCUCACCCCGACAACGGAAGCCUGGAGGUUUUUCUCUCCUCUGCCCUGGACAGCACUGCCAGGGUGGAUGUUGAUUGGCAGCUGUUCUUUUAGCCUUCAGAAGAGACCAGAGAAGUCUGCAGGAUCCAGUAUUAAACAAAUGAAGUCUCCAUGGACUACUGCAGCCCAAUUUCCGCCAUCCCCUCAGUGGGAAUCCUGCUUUCCCAGAGAAACUCUCUGGAAUCUAGUUUAGAGAAAACUCCCUAGGCCCCUUGCCCUACACAGGAUCUGGAAAAUCAGAAGAUGCUCCUUUCCCUUCACUACUAAUGACUGUGUCCUUCCCUCUGGCAAACCAAUACAGUAACAGCGGGCACCAAGUCCCAUUGAGAAGAAUGCAUCCUUUAAGUCACAAGGUGGUUACCAGAGUGGAGUGGGGAGGCGGGAGCAAAACUGCCUCGGGAAUAAAAUUAGCCAGACUAGCUGCGGAGGGAUAAGAUCAGUGAGCCGAGAAAUACUCCCACUGGAGGACGUGGGGUUUAGCGCCAAGUUCAGGUAGGUGCUUGAGCCAGCGCGCGGUUGCAUAGACCUGAGAUUUCCCGGUACAGCGCUUACUCUCCUGCGGAAAUCAAAUGUGGGUUUAAGGUGGCCGGUGAAAGAAGCUUGAGGAAACGGUGACGAUCCUCUAAAAGGCAAGAUCCCGUCCGGUUCUCCAAGUUUUGGAACGAGAGAGAUCGCCUCGAUUCCGCCUAUUAAAUCGAAGGAUCCUCGGGUCUCCCAGCCCCACCCCUGCAGCAAUGAUGCAAAGAGGACAAAUCACCAACGAAAGGAGGGAAGUUGGAGUGAGGCACGAACAGUCUCCAGCCACUAGGGCGAGAGGAAGCGCGUCCCGCGGAAUCAACCUCUGCAUUAAUCAUUGAGUUCUGGGCUCAGCGCUUUCAGAAGCUCGGAGCGCACCUUUACAGCUUUACGAGAGUUGGGAAAAGGCAGAGCAGGGAGAGGGGCUGCAGCACCGCACCCAGAGCUACUCAGUGGACAAGUGCUGGCGUGCGGGAGGUUUGAAGGGCCCCGCGAGCCCGGAGCUUGGAAAGGACAGCGCCCUUGGGAAAAAAAGACCCCAAGUCCCCCGAGGUGAGAAAGGAGCUCCCUGCGCUGCCCCGGGUCUCAAAAGCGCUGUACUAGAUAGCAUGCGUUUCUCCAGAGGCGCCGACGCGGGACCGCUGGGCAACUCCAGUUCGUGGUGGCCUCUGGCUGCCGAUAGUGCCAACCAGAGCCAGGAAGCAGAUGCGCUUGGGGAAGGUGGUGGAAGUCCCCCGGGAGACCGGCGCAAUGAGGAACUGGCCAAGCUGGAGAUCGCGGUGCUGGCGGUGACUUUCGUGGUGGCCGUGCUAGGCAACAGCAGCGUGCUUCUGGCGCUACACCGCACACCGCGCAAGACGUCCCGCAUGCACCUCUUCAUCCGACACCUCAGCCUGGCCGACCUCGCUGUCGCCUUCUUCCAGGUGUUACCGCAGCUGUGCUGGGACAUAACCUACCGUUUCCGCGGACCCGACUGGCUGUGUCGCGUGGUGAAGCACCUGCAGGUGUUCGCCAUGUUCGCGUCGGCUUACAUGCUGGUAGUAAUGACCGCAGAUCGCUACAUUGCUGUGUGCCACCCGCUCAAGACUCUGCAGCAGCCGGCGCGCCGCUCGCGCUUCAUGAUCGCCGCCUCUUGGGUACUGAGCUUCGUGCUGAGCACCCCACAGUACUUCAUCUUCUCCAUGAUCGAGGUGAACAAUGUUACCAAAGCUCAAGACUGCUGGGCCACUUUCAUCCAACCCUGGGGCACCCGAGCCUAUGUGACCUGGAUGACAAGCGGCAUCUUCGUGGCACCCGUGGUCAUCUUAGGUACCUGCUACGGCUUCAUCUGCUACCACAUCUGGCGCAACAUCCGCGGAAAGACCGCGUCGCGCCAGAGCAAGGGUGCAAGCGGCGCGGAGGACGCCCUCCAUAAGGGGAUUCUGGUAGCGCCCUGUGUCAGCAGUGUGAAGACCAUUUCCCGCGCCAAGAUUCGCACCGUAAAGAUGACUUUUGUGAUUGUGACGGCUUACAUCCUCUGCUGGGCUCCUUUCUUCAUCAUCCAGAUGUGGUCGGUCUGGGAUGAAAACUUCAUCUGGACCGAUUCAGAAAACCCUUCCACCACCAUCACGGCUUUACUGGCUUCUUUGAAUAGUUGCUGCAAUCCCUGGAUAUAUAUGUUUUUUAGUGGCCAUCUCCUGCAAGACUGUGUCCAGAGCUUUCCAUGCUGCCACCACAUGAAGCAAAAAUUCAACAAAGAUACCGACAGUAUGAGCAGAAGACAGACUUCUUAUUCUAACAACCGAAGCCCAACAAAUAGUACCGGUACAUGGAAGGACUCACCUAAAUCUUCCAAGUCCAUCAAAUUUAUUCCUGUUUCAACCUGAGCCCCAAGUUCAUACUGCCUGGUUCUUGUAAUUGACUUUUUGGUCCAUUACUGAAUCCAUCUAGAAAUCAUGAGGACAAACAGGCUUAUGUGAGAUAAGCAAAAAUCAACUGGUCGGGUACAAGACUUUUGUUUCUAGUUGUAUUUUACACAUUGCUAUGACUCAAAACCAUGAAUUAUUUUAUACAGAAAGUUAGUGAAAAUACACCAUACUAAAAUCUGUGGGCCUGAUUUCCAGAAAUAACAGAAGUUAUGUUUUUAAAGGACAAAACGUAACCAAACCGACUUCGUAUUUUUACUAUGGGUUUCUUUUAAUUUCUGACAUAAGUAAGACUUGGUUGGUUUAAAAGUCAUAGAAUUUCUGAACAAAGUGGGCUCAUCAUUUAGAGGAGACUUCAGAGAAUCAUGAUUCCAUUAAAAAAAUCAAUUUAUACAUCAUAAAAUACAGCCCCAAAUGGGAUCCUGGAGAUGAGGUCUUGGGGAGGUUUUGGGGCCAGGGCUUAUUGAGCAGGAGGUAGCCAGUUCUGAGUGAAAAGGAGAAAGUUCUGUUAGGAGCUAUAAAUCACUCUUGAGUUUCAAAAUGAUAACUUGAUAACUGGCAGUGCCUUCCUUUAUUUUCCUCACCUUUUAAUGGCUCUGAGAAUCAUUAAUUACUAGGAUGUUGACAGAGAAAAAAUUGUGAACAAGCUGAAAGUAUCCUUUUCCUCCCGCUGUAAGAUUGUUUUCAAGUUAGAAUAUGUAUGAGGAAUGCCAAAUUUCAUAGCGGAGUAGAAAAGAUUGCCUAAAGAAGGCUGUAGACUUUAUCUAGAACGUUGUUUGACAGUGUUAUAAAGUGUCCUGUGCUACACUGAUUAUUAACCUGAUGUUAUCUUUAUGUUUGGUGAGUCUGGAUCCAUAAAUAUGAGUCUGCUAGAGAGUUACUCAGGAUAUAAAGUGCCUCCCACUAUGUUUAAUUACAAAGGUCUGUUCUUUCCUUCCAGUCUCCCACGCACCUAACAGUUUCUGAAUAGAGAAGAGGUUAGGGGUGGGGGUAAAGGUUGGGAUACAGAUGGAAAGAGAACUAACUGCUCUACUCCUCAUCUGUAUUCCUUUAUUAUUAAAUGUAUGUUAUCUAAAAACACAUCAAGCCUCUGUCUCCUUGGCUGUACAAUGGCAUUGAUAACACCUCACAGGGUUGCUUUGAGAAUUAAAUGAAAUCAAAUGUGUGAAAUAGCUUCACACCCUGUAAAAUGCUAUACUUAUACUACAGGUGUUUUUUUUUUAAUAUUCUCGAGAUAUUAAGAAUUUCAUAGUUCUUUAUUCCUGCUUAUUUUUUUAUUAACCAAAAUUAGUUGGUUUUACAUCUGGGAUAUAAAAUCCUAAAAUUUAAAUAUAGAUCUGCUGAUUCAUUGGAAGGCAUUGCCAGCAGCCACUAAGCCAGACUUCUGCAUGGCUAAAGUUUUCCGAUGCAAGGAUAGAGCUUGCUUUCCUUUGAAUGCAGGUAAAGCAAAGCCAGCCAAGAACAUCAGUUUGGUUCAACUCUAAGUAGAGAUAAAUUACAACACUCCUUGGCCAUUGGUAUUGCAUUUUUCAUUACUGUUUUUUUUUUUUCUAGCUCUUUUGUCUGACUCCUUCUUAGAGAUCGUGCACUGAUUUGAGGUUACAUUCAUUAAUAAAUAUUUUGCAUCUCUUAGAAGAUGUAAUAGUUACUUUUAAUAGUAUUACUGGAUUUCUUUUUUUAACUUUGUAGAUAAGAGACCAUGGACUGGAUGGCACUGCUGUAACCUGGCAUGAACUACUUCACUCCUUUUCAUUCUCCUAUCUUUCUAAAUUCUCAGCCCUUAGACUCCCUUCAUUGAUGUGCUUAAAAAAUGUAUCCGAACAAUGCAUAAAAUUAUACUGUCGAGAUUAUCCCUUUAGAGUUCUUUUUUUAAAAAAUAACAAAGGGUUCUAGGGAGGUAGCUCAUUGAUGCAGCACUUAUACAGCAUGCAUAAUGCCCAGCUCAAUCCCCAGCACCAAAAUAUUAAUUAAUUAACAAGUAAAACAAAAAAGAAAUCACCUUGAAUGAAAGUAACAAAUAUUUCUCUUAAAAGGCCUGUAUCUCUUCAACAUAAGCCCUCGGCUAAAUUAAUCACUGCUUUAUUAUUCGGAUUAGAGCAGCAUAGUUGUAACUCUCCCUUGUACGGUAGAUAGUCACGUUAAAUUUUUUUUCUUUGAUAGUUCAAAAACUAAAGCCUUUUAGAGUGGAACAAAGAUGAUUCCACUUUUUCUAAAUCCAUUUGAAAGAAAACAAUCUUUUGGCUCUUGUAGUAGGGUCUGUUUCAAAAUGUUGAUAUGUACUGCCAAGUAAAACAAUUCCAUUUGACCAUAUUUCUGGAAGCAUCUCUCAAAUAAGGUGCGUAUCAAUCUUCUCACCUGUGUUUUCUCUUUUUAAAUGCAUCAGGAGAUUAGACAGUGGGAAAUGGUCUGGAGAGACACAAGAAGACCUGCUUACUUAUUCUUCAAUAUGCAAAUAUAUGGUCAUCAUCUCUGUGGUUUAGGGAGAAAAGCAGCUGUUUAGUGCUAUACCUUCUUAAUAUUAUAUACCCAGAAAUGGCAUUCAUAUAAUUCAAAACAAUUAUCCAGAUUAGAAUAAUUAUCCUGCCUGUCUUUUUCAGAAGAAAGGAAAUUAGGCAAUGAGCUGAAAGUGUUCUGGGAAGAGAAGUUUUCCUCUUCUCCACCAAAGACCUGAAACAUUAUACCAAAUGGAGGCUUAUAGUCAAGAAUAAAUGCAUGUGACACUUUAUUUUAUUUUGUACAGUAAUCUGUGGGAAGUCCCUGCAAGUAUACAUUAUUAACUUAUUUAUAUAGGCAUCAGGAAUGUGAUUGAUAGGGUCUAUUACACAUUUGAUAUACAUUAAUUGAUGAAAAAGAAACAUUUUAAAGUUUACAUUCAGUACUUAAUAGGUUGACUUGGGAGCAUGUCUUUUAAAAUGUAAACUCCUUGGUUUUUAUUUUGAAAGUUCAUUUAGGACAUAACUGCAAAGGAAAUUAGUAAAAUUCUUGGGUUAAUUAUACUUGACCUACAGAGUUUCUAACACUAUCAAAGGAGCCUUAUACCAUGAUUGAACAAAGGGUGUAGUUAUAGAGGAAAAAAAUCAAAUUUCUUAACAAAACGCAGUACCAUACCAAACUUAUUUGAGUUCCUAGGCUGGGAGACCUCUGAUGAUUAAGAAACCACAACUUUCAACUGUUAUUGCACAAAAUAAUCUGAUUUGGUUAAAGUUUUGGUUUUCAUACCCUAAAAUAUAUAAUUUUGUAAUUUAUUUGGGCACCAGGAGCUUUAAAUUAUGGCCUUCAAGGUUGACUCUACCUAAAGCAUCAUUAGGUGUCAUCUAGGAAGAAAUUGAGCCUAAUCCUUUAGGUUCCUGUUACUUCUCCUGUUAACAGGGGCCUUGUGGAUCCUCCUACUGGAGACAGUAGCCUUAUUAAGAACAAACCCCAGGCAGGGCCUCUAGGAGGCCAUUCCAAAUAUGCAGAAGCAGCAGCUGUUUCCUUGCCCCAUUCCCUGUGGCCCUCUCACUGACACUCAGUGCAACAUCUGGAAUCAUGAGUAACAAAGCACAAUAAAUAUUACAAAAUGAGCCUUGACUAGAAUUUGACCUUAGACAAUUUGAGUCAAAAAUUUAAAGACUCUGCAGUCGAAAGCUAUUUUUCCAGGACAAUCUAGGUGGGUUGAAUCACAAAUUGUGUGGUUCCUUUAUACACACAGGUAUUUAAAAAAUUUUAUUCUAACACAAUUUUAGAUACAAUAAAUUAUUAUAAAUAACAAUAUGCAUACGAUCUGUAGUAUGCUGGCAUCAAAAACAUAUGUUAUUAGAGCUAAAAAUCAAAUGCCAUUGUUUUUAUGUUGGUUGGUGUUUCAUUUUGUUUUUUUGUGGUGUUCAGGAUCUAACCCAGGUUCUCACACAUGCUAAGCCAGUGUUGUACCAGAGACAAAAUUUGCCAGUCCUUUUUUUAAAAAAAAUUAUGUAAUAUAUGUACACAAAUGUAUCUUUUUAUACUGACUUAUGUUGUAAAUAAAAAUAAAAACAAAGUAUCAUAGAAUGAACUAAAUAUUUUUGUGUUCUGUGGUCAAAUUAACAAAUUCAGAAGAAUUAAUAGAAAAUGAUGGUAUCAGAAUUAUUAUUAAUAUAAAAAUAGCAUUUCCACACACAAGUGUAAUUGUUUUUAUAUCAUGAGAUUUAUGACUUUAACAUAUUCUGUGAUAAUUUCCCUUAUUCCUGUAAGAAAGUUGCUAGUUUUGAAUGUUGAAAUGUUUUGUGAUUACAUUUAAUAUCUGUGCUUGACAAGAAAAAAAGUGACUUACUUUACAGUGACUUGUACUAUAUUGUAAUAACAAAUGUAUUAUUCCUUAAUUUUAUCAUGUAUUGGCUCCUAUAAAUAAAAAAUAAUUUCA